CACAUGCAACCUAACGUCCUCGUCGGCUCCUCCCUUCCCCUCCACUACUUCUCACACAAUCGAUCCUUUUUCUCCUCAAAUCCCUAAUUUCCACACCUUCGCACGUUCUAACUACCUUUACCCUACCAAAAAUUCAACAAUUUUCGUCAUUUUAGUAAAUUUCAAUGGGCCAAAUUUAAAUCUUUUAUUCUCGCCGUCAUUCCCACGCCCUCCUCCUCUUCCUCCGCCGCCCAAACCGCGGUACCGGCUAUAACCGGUUGUUGUCGGCCAUUCCUAUAUAUGGUGGAUCUGGAUCCGUUAACCCUCCCAAUUCUAUAAAUUUGGGGUCUUGGCCUCAAGAGAAGUAAGAGAACAGGAGGAGGUGUCUGAUCUUUCUGUCCUCAAGCUUUGAACGAACUCUCGUUAAGCUCUAAGAAAUGGCAGACACCUUCCUUUUUACCUCUGAGUCUGUAAACGAGGGACACCCUGACAAGCUCUGUGAUCAAAUCUCUGAUGCCAUCCUUGAUGCAUGCCUUGCCCAGGAUCCCGAGAGCAAGGUUGCUUGUGAGACUUGCACCAAGACCAACAUGGUCAUGGUGUUUGGUGAGAUCACCACAAAGGCCAUUGUCGAUUACGAGAAGAUCGUCCGUGACACAUGCCGCUCAAUUGGUUUCACCUCUGAUGAUGUCGGGCUCGAUGCAGACCACUGCAAAGUUCUCGUAAACAUUGAGCAACAAUCUCCUGACAUUGCUCAAGGUGUUCAUGGCCACUUCACCAAGCGCCCGGAGGAGAUUGGUGCUGGUGACCAGGGACACAUGUUUGGCUAUGCCACAGACGAGACCCCCGAGUAUAUGCCUCUUAGCCAUGUCCUUGCUACCAAGCUCGGUGCUCGCCUUACUGAGGUUCGUAAGAAUGGAACAUGUUCUUGGUUAAGGCCUGAUGGCAAGACCCAAGUGACCGUCGAGUAUCGCAAUGAAAAAGGUGCAAUGAUUCCUAUCAGAGUUCAUACAGUCCUCAUCUCUACACAGCAUGAUGAGACUGUCACAAAUGAUAAGAUAGCUGCUGACUUGAAGCAGCAUGUUAUCAAGCCUGUGAUUCCUGAGCAAUACUUGGAUGAGAAAACCAUCUUUCAUCUAAACCCAUCGGGUCGUUUCGUCAUCGGUGGACCUCAUGGCGAUGCUGGUCUUACUGGUAGGAAGAUCAUUAUCGAUACAUAUGGCGGAUGGGGAGCACACGGGGGUGGUGCAUUCUCUGGAAAGGACCCGACCAAGGUCGAUCGUAGCGGUGCCUACAUUGUCAGGCAGGCUGCGAAGAGCAUUGUCGCCAAUGGACUUGCAAGACGCUGCAUUGUUCAAGUGUCAUACGCAAUUGGUGUGCCGGAGCCAUUGUCAGUCUUUGUCGAUACUUAUGGUACUGGCAAGAUUUCUGAUAAAGAGAUACUUGAGAUUGUUAAGGAGAAUUUUGAUUUCAGGCCUGGAAUGAUUAGUAUCAACCUUGAUCUGAAGCGUGGUGGCAAUGGGAGAUUCUUGAAGACUGCAGCUUACGGGCAUUUUGGAAGGGAUGAUGCUGACUUCACCUGGGAGGUAGUUAAGCCCCUCAAAUAUGAGAAAUCUGCAGCUUGAGUUUUGAAGAAUGGAAAUCUAUCCAUGGAGGGAUGCAAGGGCAAUUGUUUUGUAUUCUCUGCUUUUUUCUCUUUUAUCUUCAUUGUUAUCACUUUUUCCUUUUCUACGGGGUUUGUUCCUCUUAUGAUUUUAUGUAGGUCUGCCAUUUUUUUUGUUUGAUCUGAAGCUGGCCUGAAUGUUAAGGAUGCUUUAUCUGUAACCAGGAUAUAUAGGAGAAGACAAACCUGGAAGGUCUGCUUUGAGUCAAAUACUCGGUGUAAUGCUUAAGAAUAUUGGGUUUCAGUAAAAAGAACUUUUGUUUCUUCUA